GGCUAGAAAAAAAUGUUUCCGUGAAGUCCUGGGAACAAUUUCUUCACGUCCUUUUCCUCCUUUGCUCGAGCAAGAAGGCAGUCAUGUCUGAACAAGAACAGCCGAAGAAGAAGAGGACUUUUCGUAAGUUCACCUAUCGAGGUGUCGACCUCGACCAGCUUCUUGAUUUAUCUCAUGAUCAACUUAUGGAGUUGGUUCACUGCCGUGCCAGGCGAAGAUUUUCUCGUGGACUCAAAAGAAAGCCGGUGAACCUUAUGAGAAGACUGAGAAAAGCGAAGAAGGAAGCUGCCCCGAUGGAGAAACCCGACGUUGUAAAAACACAUCUGAGGAACAUGAUCGUUCUUCCAGAGAUGAUCGGGAGUAUGGUUGGUGUUUACAACGGCAAAACUUUCAACCAAGUGGAAAUCAAGCCAGAGAUGGUUGGACAUUAUCUUGGAGAGUUCUCCAUCACAUACAAGCCUGUCAAGCAUGGCCGACCUGGUAUUGGUGCUACUCACUCAUCUCGCUUCAUCCCUCUGAAGUAGUGAACCAACUUGCAAUAAAAUAUAUUAAGCUGUUA